AACUAACUUUCCCAAAAAGCCCAUUACCAACCUAAACUCAACAUGCCUCCUAGAAGACAAAAUCCUCCUCGUCAACGAGCUAUUUGAGACAUAGAGAUGGAAGAACUACGUCAACAAAUUCAAAGGCUUCAAGAAAGACUCGAAGCUUUUAAGGGUCAACAAGCUCAACACCUGCAAGAUGAACCACACGAGUCAGAGGAAGAUACAGACAAUGAGAAUCCCUUCCAUCACCUAAGGGAUAAUGAAAGCUCAUCAUCAACAGAAAGAACCCCUGCUAAGGCUGAGAAGGAAGUUAGCUUGAGCCGUCCAGCUCAAUCUAACACUCGAAAGUGUUUCAAGUGUCAAGGAUUUGGCCACAUAGCCUUCGACUGUCCAAAUAGAAGAGUUGUCACCAUUAUUGGAGGAGAAAUUCAUGAAGCCUCAGAAGAUGAAGCAGAAAAGGGUCUUCAUGCUACCAUAACCAAGGAUGAAGAUUGGCUUCGACAUAACAUCUUUCACACCAAAUGUACUUCUCGAGGGAAAGUCUGCAAUGUCAUCAUCGAUAGUGGAAGUUGUGAGAAUGUUGUGUCCAAUUAUAUGGUUGAGAAGCUAGGACUACCUCAAUUGGAUAGAAAGGCUAUCCAUGACGGCCAUGCUAACACCUACUCGUUUGUGAAAAAUGGUGUGAACAUCAAACUCACUCCCCUGAAGCCUGAAGAAACUCUUGAAAAGAAGGAUGAGGACAAGGCUUUAAUCUCCAAAUCAACCUUUCAGAAGUUGCACCAAGAAUCGAGAAUAGCAUGUCUCCUACUAUUAUCCAAAGUAAAUGAUGCCACUUGCCCUUUUCCAGAAGAUAUCCGAUCUCUCCUUGAAGAAUUUUCUAAUGUUGUUCCUAACGAGAUCCCUCCUGGAUUACCACCAAUGAGAGACAUUCAGCAUGCCAUUGAUUUCAUCACAAGAUCUAUCAUUCCAAACAAGCAUGCUUAUCGGAGGAACCCUCAAGAGUAUGCAGAACUUCAACGACAAGUCAAAGAGCUGAUAAAGAAAGGACUUGUCAAGAAAAGUGUUAGCCCAUAUGUCGUGCCUAUUGAUUUGAGAAGUGGAUAUCACCAGAUUCGAAUGCGUCCCGAUGAUGAAUGGAAGACAGCAUUCAAAAUUAGAGAUGGUUUGUACGACUUGACAGUCAUGCUAUUCGGAUUCUCUAAUGCUCCUAGCACUUUCAUACACCUUAUGAACCAGGUAUUUCGACUCUUCAUUGGGAAAUUUGUUGUGGUUUACUUUGAUGAUAUCUUGGUAUAUAGCAAGAAUGAACAAGAGCACCUAGACCAUCUCUGGCAAGUUUUUGAAGUCCUUAGAGAGCAGAAACUUUAUGCUAAUCUCAAGAAAUGUUCCUUCCUCACUACAAGUGUGACGUUUCUUAGAUACAUCAUCACUGCUCAAGGAUUGAAGAGGAAGCACACUAAAGCCCCUGUACUUGCACUUCCCAACUUUGACAUGAUGUUUGAAGUAGAUUGUGAUGCUUCUAAUGUUGGAAUUGGUAUGAAAGUCACUAGAUUUGAAGUGAUCAAGGAGUUGUAUAAGGAUGAUCCUGAUUUUAGCAGCAUUUGGGAAGCCACCUCUAAUCAAGCCUUUCAGCAAUAUCAUUGCCAGCAAGAUUACCUCUUCAAGGCUGAGUUUGCCUACAAUAACUCUUCAAAUCAAGCUACAAGAAAAUGCCCAUUCAAAGUAGUAUAUGGAGUUCGUCCUCGCAGCCCUUUAGAUCUUGCUCCAUUGCCCACAUCCCGACAAUUUAGUGCAGAUGCUGAACAACGAGCCAAGGAGAUAAAGAAACUUCAUGAAGAAGUUCAUGAGAAACUACAGUGUCAAACCAUCAAGUAUAAGGCUCAUCAUGACAAGCAUCGAAGGAAGGUUGUGUACAAGGAAGGAGAUUGGGUUUGGAUAUACCUUCGGAAGGAAAGGUUUCCUAACCAACCUAAUGCCAAACUCUCCCCUAGAGCAGAUGGUCCUUUUCAGAUAGUGAAGAAGAUCAAUGAUAAUGCUUACAAGAUCAAACUCCCAGGUGACUAUGGAGUCUCUGCUACUUUUAAUGUCACUGACUUAUCUCCUUACUAUGAGGAUCAUGAGCAUUGAUCUCAAACUCAAGGACGAGUUUCCUCUAACCAAGGGAGAAUGCACCAGGAGAAAUUACCAAGAAAUUGCAGCAAGCAUG